AGAGAAAGGUUCCUGAGGAACGUGUAUAAAUUCUCGAGCCGACCAGAGCCAGCUGAUAUGCAGCUGCAGUACCAGGUGUUGAAGGAGUGGAGAGUGAUCUCGUGGUCGCUGGACUGUAGAAUAUUGAAAGUGAGUCGAGUCGACGAGAAGCUCAAUUCCCUGCGCUAGAGCCCAAGCUCCGCAGAAGUUUAUCAGGUGAUGGCAUGUCAUUACACGGUAAUAUGGCGCUUUUCGGCGGGUCAUCGUGGCGCAUUACAAAACACUUACUCAGGAUACGUUCUGGCGUCAGGUGCCAAGCCAAGCAAUUGAGCUCCAACCUGCAACUGCGUCCCUCAUACGACUCUACGAACUUCAACCUCAGUUGUCUUCCACGGCAAAGUCGCUCUCCACUCAUCACAAGUCGCCAUGUCCUUUCAACGUGUUGGCCUGCGCUUUGCGCAGCAGAUGCGUGCCUUUGCCCCUCGACAGACUCUCCGGUCCAGCCUUCAACAACGAUUCGCCAGCACCCAUCCGAGCCCUCCAGGACAAGCGGGAAGCAAGUUGGUCGGAGCCCAAGACAAUGCUUUCAACAGAGAACGAGCUGCAGUGAAGGCCCAUGCUGCUGCCACGAGUGAUCUCUGGCGUAGACUUGCAAUCUACGUCGUUACUCCUUGCCUGAUCCUCGGAGCGAUCAACGCCUGGAACCUGUGGAAUGAACAUUGGGAGCAUUGGGAACACCUGCCGCCUCUGGAAGAGCGUGUCGAAUACCCAUAUCAAAACAUCCGGAUGAAGAACUUCUUCUGGGGAGACGGUGACAAGACCCUCUUCUGGAACGACAACGUCAACUACCACAACAAGGACAAGCAACAGUAAAUGUAAAGCACGCCAAAGUUGCCAAGUUUGAGCUGGUUGGGAAGUCUGGGGCAAUUCUGUACAUAUGGAGUCCUUCAAAGCAAGAAAGAGCGAAGUUCGUUGCGACUGAAAUGGCUUGAUCAAUCUACCUUGUUCCUACAUCAUUCACGGGCAUAACUGUUCGUUCCCAGACCAUGACCCAGAUCAGACCCGCUGAGCCCUAUACUGCUUCGUUAGCUCGAGAUACUGUGUGGCUGUAUCAUUUGCCAACACUAAAUCGCCUCGCCAAUGCAUGAUUGUGGCUUUUUUCUUUAGCAUCUCCAACUGGCCCUUUAGAUCCUCCACGCGUCGGAAUUGCUCAUAUGCGUGGUCAAUAUUCUCGACGGCUCUGCUGGUGAACUCCUUCUGUCUCGUGGACUGCUCUUCUUCCGCCCCGGCCAUGCCCAUGUUCGCGUCGGCCAAGACACCAAACGACCGCGCUGCCAUGUGGCAGUCCUGGAACUCGAGAAUCCGCGGGAUGAUGGACACCAAAAC